CCUGAGAAGAUUCUCUCUUUGGCUCCCCCCAAGUUUUCUACUUUCAAUUUCUUUCUUAUUUUAUUGAAACAAGAAAUUCUUUAUAAAAAAAAAAAAAAAAAAAAAAAGGUAACUUUCAAGGGCUUUCUUUCUCUUCCUGCUUAGAUUUUGAAACUGCAGCCAUUUAUUUCAUCUCUCUGAAUGACGAGUGGAAGCUUUUGUGUGUUGUGUUACUCUCAAACUUUCCGCAGUACAGUAAAACACAUCACCAGCUUUUAUCAUAACAAGCUAUAGAUCAAAAUCCACUAAAAAUCUGAUCUUUUUAAGUCUGCGUCUCUCUAAGACACCAAUAACAAACGAACAAAAAGCUAUGGCUGGUGGGAAAAUCUGUGGCAGUUCGAACGCAACCACUUUACUUAGAAACGAGAAGCUUCCUUGUUCUUCUCAAGUUCUCGACUCUCUCUGGAUGUCCAAACCUUCCUCUUCACUUCAGGGUCCAGAGUCUCUGGUUAAUUUGGAUAACGUUGCUGGAGGAGACACAGCGGUGUCACCAUUCUUUCAGUCUCUUGUUAAAGAAGAAAAUUGUUAUGAGGAUUUUGAUGGGUGCUUCAAUCAACCAGCUGGAAAGAAAAGGCGGUUAACAACCUCUCAAGUUCAGUUUCUUGAGAAGAAUUUCGAGGUGGAGAACAAACUUGAACCAGAGAGAAAGGCUCAACUUGCAAAAGAACUUGGCUUGCAGCCUCGUCAAGUUGCAAUUUGGUUUCAAAACAGGCGGGCUCGGUUCAAGAACCAACGGCUUGAAAAGGACUAUGGUUCUUUAAAAGCUGUCUAUGACAAGCUCCAGGUGGACUAUGACAAUCUCAUCAAGGAGAAGCAAGCUUUAGUAAAUGAGGUUCUUUUACUGAAAGAAAAUGUUCUUGGCAGAGAGAAUGGGAAGGAAAAUUUGGAGACACUUGAUGCCACCAAAUUAUCAGAAGCGGGACCUCAAAAGCAAGUUACAACUGAAACAGUGUGUAUUGUGCCACUAGUGGCUUGCAAACAGGAAGAUGCAUGUUCAGCCAAGAGUGAUAUAUUUGACUCUGAUAGCCCACAUUACACAGAUGGGAAUCAUUCUUCAUUGUUAGAGCCUACUGAUUCUUCUCAAAUUUUUGAACCAGACCAGUCUGAUUUCUCACAAGAUGAAGAAGAUACUAAUCUUGGCAAGGACCUUUUGCCCCCACCAUGCUUCCUCAAACUUGAAGAUUGCUAUUAUGAUGACCCACCAACAAGUUCAUGUAAUUUUGGAUUCUCUGUGGAAGAUCAACCCAUUUGGUCCUGGUCUUACUAAGAAUUAUCUGCUCCUUCUGGUCUCCUGGCCUGCCUUUACCUAAGUUAUCCUGUGGCACACGUGUUUCUACAACUAAGUAAUGCAAAAUCUGAGAGUUGUCACUUGUAAUUAAGAUUAUAUCUAGCAAUAUUGCGCCCUUUUUGGUGCCUUCAACUCUUGUGUUUCUCCACUAGACACCUCACAACUGUGCUCAGCAGUUGCAUGGCCUUAAGCUAGAAUUAGCAAUAAUGCUUAUUUGGUUGGUGGGGUU